AUGCAGUCGUCAAUCCCUUAUUGUAUCUCCCUCUUGCUCCCCUCGAUUUUCAUAAUGUCUACAGUUCAACAAACCCCAAGCAUCGAUCUAACAUGUGAUCCCGAUGGAGUGUGCAUAAACUCCUCGUCAGUCCUCCACGGGAACACAUCAGAAAGCGACUACGACGAGGAGGACCUCUUGAAAAAUUUCCUGAACAUAUCAACCGUGAAGCCAACCCCCCGCUUCCCAGACCCUCCAGGGGAAACUGACCUAAAGUCAAGUUCGAUCGAGCUGAAUCCAGCAGGGAAUGCCUGCCCCUGUGACCUUCUACCCACAUGCGACAUAAACUGCUGCUGUGACCUUGACUGCAAAGACUAUCAUCUCACAGUCUUCUCCCAUUGCUAUGACUACAAUCAUGCAACAAAGUUGUACGACAGUCGUUACUGCUAUAGAACGGAUUUCAUAAAAAAGAAUAGAACGGAUUUUAUUCUUGAUCGACUGGCUGACAAUUUAUUUUGCAUCUCUCAUGACAAUCUUCCACCGUUCUACACUUCUAUUACAACGAUUGAAGUGAGCAAUCGACGGAAUUUUGAGGAGGUGCUAAAAGACCAUGAGGAAGACGAGUCAGCACCAUUGUCCUAUCAAUGGCCGGGGGAGGAGACCGAGGAGGUGGAGAAAUUUAAGAUUAGUGGACCGUACAUCCAUGGAGAUUUACUCCAAAGGUAUGAGAAUAAAUUGAAGGGAACUGUUGACGUCCCAAGCAGUGGAUUCACCGGACAGUGUUCGUCUCGAAGAAGCGUGAAGUACUUGGAAGACUUCCAGUCCUUCUGCCUCCAGACACAACUGUCCAAUUCCAAUGAAUUCUUGUUUAGUGAAACCUUCACGAACAUUUCCCUCGUCUCCAACUCUUUAUACAUGAAAAAUGUUACAUUGAGGGAAUCUGAGUGCCCCAGAAAUAUCUGUGUUCCCAUCAACUCCAUUUUUUGUAGAAACUCAUCGGCUUGCAAUGGUACAGCUCCUCCAAAGGGUCAUUGUGAUGCAGGAGUUUGCAAGAACAUUGUGAGACGGGUCAGUUAUAUUUUUCAUCAUAAUGGAACCAGGGGAAUUCAGAAGGCAGAGGUAUUAGUAGAACUGGGGAAUACCUCGAGGAGUUUUCAUCAGCACUUUGAGGUUAGAUUCGAGUGGAUUGAGAACUUGAACAGGACAGAAGGGGUUGUGGCAAGGAGUGGGAAUCCGGGGCACCUUGUUGGGAGACCGAUAAUCAUUGGGACCUUGGUCACAUCCAACAUCACGAAGACCAAUAUUCUCAAUGAGAUCAUAAUCAAUUCUACGAAUAGUUUUUUGAAAAUUCCUCUCGGUGGCAAGGAUGGGGAAUGCCUCGGGAAUGAAGACAAGUUGGUCGUUGGGUUUGGGGAGAACAUCCAGUCCAAGUGCUCAGUAUCACUGGAGACAAAGGAUUUCUCUUCGAAAUCGUGUGUCAAACUUCAAGAGAUAAUCCUAGAAAGACUGUUUGGAGAUACUUUAGUGAAUGUGUCCCAAAUUGAGCAGUACAAAGUGCAUGUCUCGAAGGCCAGCAAUACCUCGAGUAACAUCACACAGUGGACGCAGGUACUUCUGAAUAAAAUUCCUCGGAAUAACGUGAAUACGGAGAUCUUUGGAGAUCAGAUCGUCUGCGUGGGGGUGAUCAAAUCCUUGAAGAUUGAUGUGCUGUAUUCGGUUCUACCCAAGCUUGAUGACAAGGAACAUUAUAAGAUUAUUGGGGUGGGCAUCACCGUGGGGGAGGGCAGCCGUGUGUACUGGGAUAAAUGUCGUGGGAAUGAUUGUACGGAGAGAUUAGAGACUAAGGUGGUUAGUUAUGUCGUGUUUCAUGACAUCUCCAACCCUUCGAUGUAUUAUUACGCUGGUGGACCUAAUCUUGAUAUUAGUUUGCCUUAUGAUUUCUUCUACCCAUUCCUCAGUGGUGGUACUUACAGUGGAGCUGGGGAGAAUCGAUUUAAUGGGUUAUUUUACUUCAGCUUUUUAUCAAUUUUGUAUGCCUCGAUUUAA